GGAUGGAGGCCGCCCCGGAGAUGCUGGGGGAGCUGAGUGCGCAGGCGUCGACCGGAUUCCCAGUCCCGCUCUAGGAGGCACAGAGGCAGGCACUGCCCUCCCUGAGGCCCGGCGCUGGACGGUCCUCUCUGCACGAUGGCCGCUGUGAAGAGCGGGUGGCUCUGGAGACGGAGCUCCGUCCUUCGCCGCUGGAAGAGGAACUGGUUUGUGCUGUGGCUGGACGGGACCCUGGGCUACUCUCGGGACGAGGCUGGUCAGGACGAAGAAGGACGAGUCCUCAUCCGCUUCAACUGUCGCUCUGUGAAGAGCGGCCACGAGUGCCCAGACUUGCAGCCCCCCGAGGGGCUGAGCCGGAGCUGCCUGCUGACCGUGCACCUGAGGGUCGGCCCCCGGCUGGUCCUCUGUGCGGACAGCGAGGACGAUGCUGUGGCUUGGAAGACGGCCUUGUUGGAGGCAAGCAGUUCCCUGGUGUACAACCCCUACGAUGACCGCUACCAGCCGGUGCCCCUGGACGCCCACCACGUCACCUUCGUCGGCGCCGGCCACUACGGCCCCUACGCGGGGUCGGGCGCCCCGGUGGUGGUGCUGCGGGAUAGUGACCCCUACGGCGACGGGGCCGCCGCCCAGAUGGCCCUGGGGAUGCUGGCGGGCGCGGCCACGGGCGCGGCGCUCGGCUCCUUCCUCUGGAUGCCCCUCUGGUUCUAGGCGGACACCCCCACCGCCCCCCACCGAACCCCUCCCCGCCUUCCCCCCUCCGAGCUCUCGGCAGGGGUCAGCCACCCCGCCCCCCGAAAGCGCAGGUCCGGCCGGUAAGCGGCCCCUCCGGUCGCAAGGCCGCGUCCGUUUCGGCCUCGCACCCGGGACGCGUCCCCCGUCUCCCCGCGACCCCCUCCGCAAGAAGGCAAGGUUUCCUUUGGGUUUCCUUGGUGACUUUAUUGGUGGCAGAAAUAGUGUUAACAUAGAUGUGGAACAAGAACAGCCCGCACCGCCCGCUCUGGGAAGCCCCCCGCUCCGCCGGAGAGCUUUAGACCGACGCCGAAAACGGAAACGGGCCGGACGGAACCGCGGGCCGCGAGAAGGGACCACCCUCUCCUUCCUCGGCCCGUCGGGGAUCCCGGUUCCUCUGAAAUGAAGGACGGGACCCUUCGGUCGUAUUUGACUGAUAUUUAUUUCCGGACAUGCCAUGUCAAAAAAACUUGCCUUUAACAACGAUAUCGCAUUAUAAAAGCACUUCGCAUCCCA